AUGUCUGUUCACGUUGAAAAAGAGCUUCCUCUUGAGCUUGAUCUCGGUAAUAUGUGCGCCUUUGACAUUGCUCCCGUGUCAAAGGGUAUCAAGGAAGAACAACUGCGGGCUCUCGCUAGAGAUAACGCCCAGGUUCUGAUUAAUCAGAUGUUUUCUCUUCCUACUGAGAGUACAAAGGACGGUUUGUUGCUCCUGUUGCCGGAUGGUACUACUCCUUUACCUCGUGCUAAACCAUUGCCCAAGCCCAAACCCGAGACGAGAUGGCAGAAGUUUGCCCGUAUUAAGGGAAUCGCUCCAAAGAAGCGUGAAGGCAAGCUCGUUUAUGAUGAGGCUUCUGGCGAAUGGGUUCCCCGCUGGGGUUAUGGCGGUAAGAACAAGGCUCUCGACAAUCAAUGGCUUGUAGAAGAGGGCGAAAAGGAGGCUCACGAGAAGAUACAAAAGCUGAAAAAGCAAGGCAAAAAGAUUAAGCGCUCUAGAAGACAUUAA